AUGAAAACAGAAUCUCAAAAUUUUGAAGCUUCGAAGAUGAAUUUGACGGAGGGUUCUGAGAAAGUGAAGAAAAACGAAGUUGUUGUUUUGAGUGAAGAUGAAGGCGAAGAAGAUUAUGAAUCGGUGGAGGAAGUAGACGCCGGAGAGGAUGACGGUGAUGAGGAUGAUGAUGUUGGCGAGGAGGAGGAGGAUGAAGAGGAGGAGGAGGAGGAUGCUCCUGACGGCGGGAACGAUGAGGAUGAUGAUGAAGAGGAAGAUGGAGAUGAUGAAGCAGGUGGUGGUGAGGGUGGUGGUGACUCUGACGAUGAUGACGACGACGACGAGAACGAUGAUGAUGACGAUGAUGAUGAUGAGGAUAACGCUGAAGAGGACAAUUUGGGAACAGAGCAUCUUGUCCGCCCUAUAGGCAACGCUGAAGAGGAGGAAGCUUCUAGUGAUUUUGACCCAGAAGAAAAUGACGAGGAGGAAGACGAAGAUGAUGAUGAGAAUGAUAAGGUUCCACCGAAAAGAAAGAGGUCAAGUAAAGAUGAUGAUUCCGAUGACGAUGAUGGAGGAGAAGACGAUGAAAGACCCUCAAAGAAAUAG